AUGCAGCAGCAGCUCCAGCUCCAGUGGCAAGCGGCGGCCCACCUCCCCGAGCGCCGCAUGAUGGUCCGCCGCAUCCUGCAGCUCUCCCAGAGCCGCUGCAAAGCCACCGACGACGGCCGCGCCGUACUGCUCGCCAAGCGCAUUGAGCUCGCGCUCUACUCGCGCGCGGGGUCCCUCACCGAGUACAGCAACUUGGCGACGCUGCGCAGACGACUGCAGUCCCUCGUGGCUUCGAGUGUCCACGAAGGCGCAGCGGUCAGUCCUAGCGCUUUGAAAUGGCACUCCCGCAAACGUCCGAGUCCGAAGAGCAGCAGCAAUAGCCCUUGCAGCCACAGCAGUUGCCACGCGAUCAAACGUCAACGGGUUAGCCCCUCGACGUCCGCCAGUAGCUCCCCGAACAGCAGUAGACCCUCAUCACUGUUUGCGGCCGUGGGCGAAGACUGCACCCGAUUGGUCUUUGCCUUCUUAGAGGGCCAAGAGGUCAUGCGGCAUCGCGAGCUCAACCGCUUUGCGGCCGCGUUCCUUCCCACCUGCGUCCAAACCGUUUCGGUUGAAGUCGCGCAGUUGACGCACGGGGUGUCCGCGCGUUCGUCCAUGCACCGCAUGCGCAACCUGCAGCACCUCCUGGUGCACAAGAAGGGGACGUUCGCUAUGGGGUCGUCGACGUCGUUGUUGUUGCCGGCACCAGUUGACUCGUCGACUGCGCCGCUCUACGCCUGGGGCUGUGCUGAGCUCCCCACGACGCAGUCGAACGACGGCGAAUGGGCCGUCGGGGCCCUGGCAGCCGUCUUGCGCGCCGGCACGUUCCCCGCGCUGCAGACACUGCACCUCGUGUCGGUCUUUAUCAACACAAUGAGUGGCAACGGACUCGGCGCGCUCUGCGAAGCGCUGGCCACCGGCUGCUGUCCACUGCUGGCCGACGUGCUCUUGGCGGGCAACAGCCUCGCGGACGUCGGCGCCUUCGCCGUCGCACGGCUGUUGCAGUCGCCACGCGCACCACAGCUCACGCGCGUGGACGUGCGGCGCAACUUUAUUGGCGAGACGGGUUUGCGGGCGCUCUUGUCGGCUCUGGCGCAGACGCAGCCGCAGGUGCAGGUGCUGUGUCUCGGGGGGAACCUCGUGACGGACAAUUGCGUGCCAGAGCUGCAGCAGUGGCUCGCGGGCCCCGCGUGCCCCAAUCUGCGGUUCCUCGGGCUCGAAGACAACUUUCUGAGCGCCGAAGGGGCGCAGGUGGUGCUCGAGACGGCGGCCGCGAACGCGACGGCGCUGACACGACCGCGUCGCGUCUCGUGCGACCGCAAGGCCACUAUGGCAUGA